AUGAUGAAUAUUUCGAAUGUUACAUUUAUUGCUAGAGCUACUAUUCCGAUGGCCGAAUCGAGCAACUCGAUUGGUCAAAAUCUUACUUAUAUAGAAAGUAACGUAAUAGUUGAUCCGUUUAAUUUGAAAAAUAGUCCUAUCGAUAUUGAAAUGAUGUUCAUUGUUCGAUUAAACAUACUCGUCAUUCUUUUUCUUCCAAAAAUCGCAAAAUCGCAAGAUUUUUCUAUUGGCGACAAACAAACUGCUUUUAUUUUAGACAUUUGCAAAUUAUAUGCAUCGAAAUCCGCAAUUUUCUUAUAUUCUGAAUCGAUAAAAGAAAUGGAAAUGAAAUCGAUGGUGUUCAAAUGGAGACGUGCAUUUUCUCGUGAAGGUAUUGUGAGCACAAACUUGCAUUUUUCACAAUUGCACGAAUCAUCGAAUUAUUUAAAACAAAUUGUACGACCGCAUUAUGUAGCGGUGAUCUCUAAUUAUAACGCGAUUAAUGAGUUCUCCUUAGCAACAAGUACUUUUGAAAUGUCUUUAGCUGUAUGGCUAGUGAUAUUCAUUUACAAAGAACAUGGCUCUGACUAUUGUCACAAUCCACCAGGUAAUAUAUUUCAUUUAAAAUUCGACUCAGAAAUGUUAGUCCGUUGUGGUACGGAAAAUAUUUUACGGGAAUGGUAUUCUAUCGAUAAGAAUCGAACUGAGAUUGAUGAUGUUGCUACGUGGAGUUUAGAGAAAGGAAUCACUAAUAUGGUUCCAGACUCUCUUUAUGAAAGAAGAUUUAAUUUAAAGGGUUUGAUUUUGAGAGCUGUUUUAAUUAAGGAUUCAUCAUUUAUAACUGUAAAAAAGGAUGGCGAAUUAGGCGGUACGUUUGGUGAACUAUUAAGAGAACUUUGUACCAUUCUUAAUUUUAGUUUCGACGUUGUCUCGGAAUUACAAGAGUUUGGAAGAUGGAAUCCAGAAAAAAAGACUUGGUCUGGAGCAAUCGCAGAAUUAUAUUAUGGACGUGCUGAUAUUUCUCUUUCAGGUUUUUCUGUUACCACUGACAGAUUGAAUGUUGUUGACUACACACUUCCAUUUUUGAAUAUCAAAAACUUUCUCGUUAUUCAAGAACCAGAGAAAUUUGGGAUUAAAUGGUCAUCUCACUUUUUAACUUUCACUAAUUCUGUUUGGAUUGCUAUACUUGGAAUAUUAAUUGUUGGAUCGAUCUUAUUGAUUUUUCUUAAAAUACGUAAUGGAACUGAUCGUAAAAUAGGAUAUUUAUUCAUUGAUAAUUUUCUGGAGAUUUGGGGUAUAUUGUGUCAACAGGGACUGGCAGAUUUUUCUGGAGGAUCUUCGUUAAGAAUAGCAUAUUUUUCUAUAUUUCUUUUGGUUACUGUCUUAUUAGCCGCAUAUUCAGCGGCUUUGAUAAGCUUUUUAACAACCACUAUUCGCGUCUUACCCUUUCAUUCAUUAGAGAGCUUGGUUCAAGACGGUACUUACAAACUUGCCGUUGUUCGUGGUACGGCUUAUUAUGAUAAGUUUGCAAAUUCGGAAGAUCUGCUCGCAAAGAAAUUGAUGAAGCUGAUGUUAGAAGACAAAGAGUUGCCUCUUACUGAACAGGAAGGAUAUAAAAGAGGUGUAGUGAAAUUACGCGCCAAAACUUCGAGAAUGAAUUCUUCAUAUUUAAUUUCAUCAAUAAUUCGUAUAGAAUUGCUUGAUUUUUACAUUUGUAAAAAUCGGAAACUGGCUUUCUACACGGUUGAUCAAGGUGCUGUAGCAAAUCUGAAAAUACCAUGCAAUGUGGUUCAUAUUGCUACAGGACAUGUAAACAAUAUUGCAAUGAUUUUAUCUAAGCACAAUCCUUUCACCGAUCUCAUCAAUUUUAAAUUACAGAAAUAUAUUUACAAUGGUAUGAUGAGUCGUUUAAGAGAGAAGACAUUUAAAAAGAAGUUCAAUAAUAUAAUUAAGCAUCAACCUGUUCCUCUAAUCAGCGUCAUGUCACUUCUUAUUUUCAUUCUCAUUGGUAUCAUUUUGAGUACUUGUAUUUUGAUAGUAGAAAAGCUUAUUUUUGCUGAUAAAAGGAGGAAAAUGUCGAUGGUACAUUAUAUUCCGUCAAUUAAAUCGCCAGGAUUUUAUGCAAAAAGGAAGAAAAGGUUAAGAAAUAUUGGAAAAUAUUACGCAAAUCGUAAAUGUGCACGCGAAAAUUAUUAA